AUGGUAGGCAGUGGGGGACACGAUACCCACAUAUCAGGGACACCACCAGCGCAUGUGCAGAACGCCCGUCUCUCCACCACCGAAGCCCGUGCCAAGAGUGUCGCUGAGCUCCAGUCUGAGCUGAUUCAAUACAAGGAGGCUUUGUUCAAGGCUCGUGUGGAAACCCACACCAAAGGCAACCGCAGCGGCUGGCACCUGAUCCGUCAGAACCGCAAGAACGUGGCUCGCGUCCUCACCUUGAUUCAGGAGAAGCGCGUGGCCGAGGUCCGUGAAGCCUUGAAGGGCAAGAAGGAUAUUCCCAAAAGGCUCCGACCUCGCCUUACCCACGCCCUCCGCAUGAAGCUCACCCCCAGACAGGAGGCUCUCAAGACUAAGAAGGAGGCCCGCAAGGUCGCCACCUACAAGCAACGAAAAUUCGCUGUUCUGGCCUGA